GCUGACAUGUCAAAAUAAGGUUUUAACAAAACCUGCAGCAACUCUUAACUUUCAUUAAGUUCAUGCAAGUGAUUCAUUCAGUUUAAUUAAUAUAACAAUGUAUCCAGUGUUAUUAAUUCUUUGCCUUUCGUCUGCACUUGCAAAUGAUCAGAUUAAAUCAACAAAUUUAAACAAUACUCUCCAUGUUUCAACUACCCCAACACCGCAUGGUUGUGUUUGUGGAAUUUUUUUAACUAAACAGUUUAAGAAAGGUAGUAAAGAACCACCUAUAGGAGAUCCUGCUGUUAUGCAUGAACAUCCUGGAAUAUUUUCAUGUACUCAAAGUGGAAACAGACAUUGCAUUAAUAAAUGUUUGGAGACUAUUGUUAAAUUCCUUCCAAGUAGUUCAACAAUACUAUGUGGUUCAAUAGAGCAUAGCUGUUACAAGGAAAAAGCUUAUUUAUUUAUUCAAAAUUGCCAAAGUGGAUGGAUUAAUACAAAUCUUUCUACUGGAAAAGAAUAUUGUUGCAAGGAUGGUGCGCCAUAUAAAUGUCCAUUAUAUUAAAAUUAAUGUUACCUCAUUUUAGGGUUGUUUUAUCUGUUACAAUUUGACGAGUUUUAUACUUUUUUAAUUUAAUAAAAAUAUUUGUA